UAUCAUAUCGGUCAGUUCCAACAAAUAAGAAUACACGGCUGGCCAAAUGUACGUGGAAGGUUAAGGUUCUGGAACUGGAAAUGAGCUUAGUAUGUUAAUGCAACUGAAAACGAUGAGUUUAUUAGCACAAACUUUAUUUACUAACGAUCGCCACAAGGACAAGUAAGACUAGGUCUGUAUAACGGGCUUCCAUUCAUACCUCCCUGGGUUCAUCUGAAGUCAAGCCACUUGCAAGUCAUCGCCCUAUAAUCUUGCCCAGCAUGUUAUUUCCGUAAAGUGCCCGGGCUCCGAGUCUCAUCUGCUGCUGUUUUUCAGGAUCUCUGAUCGGCGGACGUCCGCAGCAUCGCCAUCUGCGGUGUUUCACGUCAGGAGUCUCCAGCAAGGCGUUAUGGGCCGCAUGGAGGGACACUGCAUGUGGACGAAGAGCACAGAUGACAUACGGGGGGUGUUCGACUUUUUGGAGGUGCUGGGAUCGGGAGCCUUUUCUGAGGUGUUCCUGGUGAGGAAGAGGGAGACCGGAAACCAUUUUGCACUGAAAUGCGUGAACAAGCAGCAUCUCCAGGCCAACAAACUGGAGAAUGAGAUCAGUGUUUUGAGGAGGAUCAAACAUGACAACAUUGUUGGCCUGGAGGAUUUCUAUGAAAGCCACACCCACUAUUACCUCGUCAUGCAGUUCGUCUCUGGCGGUGAGUUGUUUGACCGGAUCUUGGAGCGCGGGACAUUCACGGAAAAGGAUGCUAGCCAUGUGAUCCGACAGGUGCUGGAGGCCGUGAGCUACCUGCACCAGAACAACAUCGUCCACCGAGACCUGAAGCCAGAGAAUCUGUUGUACUACAGCCAGGAUGAAAAUGCCAAGAUUAUGCUUAGUGACUUUGGUCUCUCCAAGAUGGAGGACAGCGGAGUCAUGUCAACGGCCUGUGGAACGCCGGCAUAUGUGGCCCCUGAAAUCUUAGCCCAGAAGCACUACAGCAAAACUGUCGACUGUUGGUCUAUUGGAGUCAUCACUUACAUCCUGUUAUGUGGAUACCCACCUUUCUACGAGGAGAAUGAGACCAAGCUCUACGCGAAGAUCAUGAAGGCCCAGUAUGAAUUUGAUUCUCCCUUCUGGGAUGACAUUUCUGAGUCUGCAAAGGACUUCAUUCGCAACAUGAUGCAAAAGAACUCGGAAUUACGUUACACCUCAGAGCAGGCACUUCGACACCCCUGGAUAAUGGGAAACACAGCUAAGAGCCAGGACAUCUAUCACUCCGUAAGUGAGCAGAUCCAAAAGAACUUUGCCACGUGGAAGUGGAGGCAAACAUUAACUGCGACAGCAGCUGCUAAUCACCUGAAGAAGUUGCAGCUUGCCUACUCUGGACCCACCCUUGACGGGCAACAGGGAUUCAUGGUGAAUGGAGACCUUUCCCCCACUGAUCCUGAGAACAAGCGGCUCAAUGCUAACCUGGAACACAACGGGAUCCUGACUAGUGGUACCGAGAGUGAGUGCACGAUGGCUCGGUCCAGUUCCAGGAAGCCCAGGAAUUUCUACCUGCUGCAGGCUAACCUGAGUGAACCCCUAUUUAUACCGCCAUCAGGUCAACAUGCAAACCAGGCUGCUACCAUAGAAACCAGCAGAAAGGAGUCCAUGACCUCAGAGUCAGAAAGGGAGGAACAGGUGCAGACUACCAUGUGUUCCAUCAUGUGAGCUCAUUCCCGUGGAGCAAACUGGGAAGAGCUGAGGCAGGCUGAUGGCUUAUGGGCUGCAGAUUAAGGCGUCUGAGUUCCUUCUCAAAUUCUGGGUCAGCCUACAGCCUUUGGCGCGUUAUCUGUCUGGGUGUAAGAGUCCACGGCUGCACUGCAUUAUUAAAACGGGUGCUGUAUAUUUUAAUUGGCACUUGGCAUUAGAGCCAGUGGGAACGGAGUAUCUGUAAUUUGCAAGUUUAUGCAACCCAGGCCUCAUUUGUGUCGUCAUUGUGGUGACUUUCGUGAGUCACGACUCUUUCUCUGGUUGUGUGGGCAGCUGUGCUUGGUUACCGCAUCGCUGCAAAUAUGGCCUGGCUUAUCAAUAGUUAACAUAUUAGCUCACAUCACAGUUACAGAUUAAGCAAGAGAAGCAGCCAGUUCAAAUUAGAUUUCAGUCCAGCCUCUCUGUGUCCAUGCUGCCAUUUCUGGAUUUUUAUAAGUUUUUAAGACUUGGUGGAAGAGAACGAGGUUGGAAUGUCCUCUCUUUUUUUGUUGGUUUAGCAGUGCAGGAAAAUAGGAAAUCAUGCAGUAUAUUUUGGAUGCUACAAUAUGGCCAACUGCUUGUGCCAUUUACAGGUGGAAAAACCUGAGAUCUUCCCAACCGAUGUGCAUUAGUGGUCUCUGUAAUGAAGCCAUGUUACUCGUAGCCUACUGCUGGUGUUAACAAUGGAAAUUGUAUUUAGCAUUAGCGCUA